CAAGUCCUACCUGCCCCUACUCCGCAAGAACACUUUUACUAAAAUCUCUUAUUCGGGUUUUGGAGAAUAUUUGUUACCGAAAAGAACUACAUGGGGUUUCUAAACACUGAAAAUCACCUAAUGGGGGUUUCGAGAACAAUUGUUAUGAACUAAAGGGAAUUGAAACACUUGAUACUGGAAGUGUCUAAUAGUAUAUGGAACAGUCCAUCUUGGAAUGGGGAGGGAAUAUAUAAGUGGACUAAAAUAUUCUGUAUUUGCUCCUGAGGAAAUGUCAGCCUAUCUAGCUCACUUCAUUUUGUCUGCCAUCUUUGUAUUUAUUUAUAAGUAUGUGUAAAUGUAGCUCUGUUGUGUUCAGGAGCUAUUUGCAUAGUUAGCCAACUUAACAACGGUUGUACAUGUAUCCACGUAUGGAUUCAACAUACAACCAUCAGCAAAAAUAACAAGGCAGUUUGACAACGGCAUGCUGAGAAAUUCGGAAGGCACUAUUUUGAAGUACGGUAAAACUAUACACCUUCCUGAGGUGUUACUGCUCUCAGUGAAUGACUUCGAGAAAUCCACAAUAAAGACUGUGAGGAAAGUGUCCAUCACUUGCGGGGAAACUUAUUCGGAUGACGACGUAGACUUCCUCCUGAAGGUGGUGGUACUGGAUGACAAUGUCAUAUGCCUUCUCCCUGACUCGGAGAAAGAAUCGCUAACUGUGCUUAAAGGAGAUGGCUCUUUCCACCUUGAAACAAAGGAGGAGGCAAAAAAUGCUAUGGCCAAGUUGCUGGAUGCGAUCAACUCCGGGGAGAUUAAGCCCAGUAUCUUGAUGUAUGCCCAGCGAAAGGUCAAGUUCGAUGAGGCAGCGCUGCCUACAGAGCUCGGCAACAAACUGGCAGCUGACUGCAGACAAGAGUGGUCUACCAACAUCACAUUUCGUGAUGCUGACUUCACCACCAAUGUCAUCAUGCGCAAGCACAGGGCCAUGACCAACCUACAGAAUCAUGAAGCCAGAUCGAGGGAAGUAAUGGCAGACUUGGGUCUGUCAGUUACUCAGACCAUGAUGCAAGUCUUCACAGACUAUGUGGAAAGAGAACUCACGGACCUGGUUUUCCAGCCAAUAGGCCUGAUUGACCUAAAACCACCACACCAUCUGGUGUUUGCUGGUCAACCUGGAACAGGGAAAACAACCAUGGGGGAUGCAUUUGCAAAGCUUCUGCACCAGUUUGGCAUAGUAACGAGCCCGGAUCUUGUCACCAUAAGAAGGGACCUCCUCUCUAGUGAGUAUGUCAACAAAAUGGAGAGGAGAGUACGCGAGCAGCUCGAUGCUGCAAAGGGCCAAGUCGUCCUCCUGGAUGAGAUUUACCAACUCGGGAGUGGCGGCCAUGACGCAAAGAAGGCCCUUGAAGCGAUAAUGAACCGGGCAUAUGAAGCGCGAGAGAAAACACCUAUCCUGAUUCUGGCUGGGUAUGCAAAGGAGAUUGAGGAGCAGGUCUUCGACCUGAACCCAGGGUUCCGCAGCCGCUUCCCACACAUCGUUACAUUCCCGCCCUUAUCCCUUGAACAACUGACUGACAUCAUGGUGGCCAAGAUGCAGCAACAAUACGUGACUGCAGAUGGCUGCACGAGGGAGGCCCUCCUGACCCAGCUUGACAGGAUUCCAAAAGGAUACUUGGAACAGCACAAUGCCAGGGUUGUAAACCAGGUGCUGGAAAAAGUAAAGGUGGAGCGGCCGGCAAUGGUCCCAGGAUUCCGGCCAUCCCUCAGGACUGGCCUAGCAGUGUCAAUGACGGACAUUGAGGCGGCCAUUGCCAGCUUCACUGCUGAACUACCCAAAGAUGAUGAACGAGUUGAAGAAGUUCCAAGCAAAGUCACCCGAAAGAGCAAGAGGACUUAGCCCUGUACAGUGUACAUUGAUCUGUGCCGCUUCCUGCUGGGUGGGGUAUAA